AGAGAGUACAAAGGGCAUGAAAUAAGCAGUAGCUGUCCUGGUUAUGCCACUUUCCUCUCAAAGGUUACUUUAUGUAAGAUAAAAACCCAAAUGCAAAGCUACAUACCAGGCAGCAGAUGAGACUUCCUCUUCGCUCCUGUUGUUUCUUCAGGAGUUUAUUCUCUGAAAGGCAAACAACAGACCCACAGAGGCGAGGCUUGAGUGGUGCAGCGAUGCGUCUGGUGCAGUUUCAUCGCCAUGGUGAUGGAGGAAGCGUCAGAGUGGGACUGGAGCAAGGUGAGGGGCUCGGCGUGGUGGACCUGAAGGCGUUUGACCCCUCCAUGCCCUCGACAAUGAGGGAGCUGCUGGAGCUGGGAGAAAAAGGUCUGGAGUGUGCACAGAGAGCCCUGUCGUCAGGUCAGUGUGUGCUGGAGCGGUCAGACAUCCAGCUCCUGUCUCCUGUGUUGGCCCCGGAGAAGGUCGUGUGCGUGGGUAUGAACUACCGGGAUCACUGCCUGGAGCAGAACGCCCCGAUCCCCAAAGAGCCGAUCAUCUUCAGCAAAUUCCCCAGCGCCAUCACCGGCCCGUACGAUGACAUCCUUCUGCCCUCAGAGAGCCAGGAGGUGGACUGGGAGGUGGAGCUGGCCUUUGUGAUUGGACGAAGAGGAAAACACAUCAAGGAGGAAGAUGCUCUCUCCCAUGUGGCUGGGUUCACUGUGGCCAAUGACGUCAGUGCACGCGACUGGCAGAUGAGGCGCAACGGGAAGCAGUGGCUGCUGGGAAAAACGUUUGACAGCUUCUGUCCUCUCGGCCCUGCAUUAGUAACCACAGACGCUGUGAAAGAUCCCCACAACCUGGCUGUCCGCUGUCUCGUCAAUGGAGACACAGUCCAGAGCAGCAACACUGAUCAGAUGAUCUUCAAGACUGAGGCACUGGUCGCCUGGGUCUCAAAGUUUGUGACGCUGACUCCAGGAGACGUGUUCCUGACAGGCACUCCUCCAGGUGUGGGCGUGUUCAGAAAGCCACCUGUCUUUCUCAAGAAAGGAGAUGUGGUGGAGUGCCAGAUAGACCAGAUAGGCUCUAUAAUCAACAAAGUGGUCUAAACCCUCAGACAACCUGCUGAAAACACCAACCAUUAAUCCAUGAAGGAAUAUCAGAUGUUAAAUAAACUGACUGUUGCACACAAUGAAUUACUAUUUCCAAAAAGCUGAAUUGAUAUUUGCUUCUAAUAGAAUGUGUUUCAUGAUGAAUGUUUUAUCUAUGAUACUACAGUAAUUGAGAGGAAGGCAAACGUGGUAUUUUUACGACAUGAAACGGUGUAAUUAUGGGACUCAACAUGGUGUUUUUGCAGCUUGACCUCGGUCGUAGAGUCAUCGUCAUCAUUCGUUGUAAAAAUAGCCUCUAUCAGCAGCCACCCACUCAUGCUGCAGAGAAGAAACUGUCAACGUCCUUUUUCAGCAUGUAAAAAAUAAAAAGCAUUUCUAAUUAUGUUGAACAUCCAGGGCGAUAAAUAGAUGAGUUUUCUAACUUAGAGGAUUCAGCCACUUUCUCAUAAAAUGUAAACACUUUUUCAGUGAUAGAAAGAACUAAAUUAAAAAUGUGCCGUCUUCAGAA